AUGUGGAGCAUAUUAUUGCUUUUUAUGAAUGACUAUGAAGACGAUAACAUGAGUACUAGUUACCUGACGGAAUGUUUUGAAAAUAAAACUCUGGCUCGCAAAAUACAAGUUCAGUUGACAUUCGUAUCCGAGUUCUGUCCAAAAAUAAUGAAAAUAAUUGACAAUUUGGAAAAAUCAAAAUAUCUAUUCGCGAACAUUUUAAAGUCUUCUCUUGAGCGACAACGUGAAGGUUCGUUUGGAGAAAAAACUAAAAGCAUUUUGUUAAACGAAAAUGGUGAAUUCCAUCAAGAGCACAGUAUUAAACUGAAGACAGCAGCACAGAAGGGCUUGGAUAAAUUGUCUUCACAUAUGGGGUCUAAUCCAACAAACGAUUUCUACCUGCACAUUGGCAAAUUAUUUUGA